AUGGCGAAGGAAUCGCAGUCCGCGGCAUGGAAGGAUCUGAAAGGAGUGAAACAUCGGAAGGUGGCAGAUGUGCUGAUGAACAAUGUGGAUCAAGUGUCCAUGGCAGUUAGUUCGCUGAUAACCCCCGAUACACCUCGUAUCGUUAUGAAACCAAAUAUUGGUAUAUUUCAUUUCAUAGAAGUGGAGCUGGAAAUAUCGGAUGUUCGAGUACAUGAUUACGUAACGUUCCCGAGUAUGAGCCUAUAUCGCACUACUUAUGAUACGGUUGAUAUUCCAAGAGAAGCGCUCACUUUACGAAAUAAUGCUAUAGAUUAUGCCAAAGUUCUAUAUGUAUCGUAUUCAUCGAUGGCUGAACAUCUGAAAGCUGCGCCACGAGAGAGUGCGGAUGGUAGUGUAGUACCACGACAUGUUGCUUCAAAAGUAGUCUCUGCUUCACUGAUCAACGAAGAGAAUAAAAUACAGUCCAUUGAUCAUCUCCAGAAACCAGUGAUUAUCACCUUUUUAAUGGAGGUGACCACUUUUCACAUUUAUUUCUAA